AUGGAUAACCAGUCCAGUGACGAACUCCUGCUUCUGCAGCAGCUCGUCUACAGCCAGCUGGCGAGUGACGGAGAUCAGCUCAAGGAGACCGUGGUGGUCCUGACCUGUCUCCUCUUCAUCUACAUCAACAGCCUGAUGUUUCACACUCUCCUGAGUAAGCCUGUGUUCAGAGAGCUGCCUCGCUACAUCCUCUUUGCCCACAUGCUCUGCAACGACACCAUUCAGAUGGUGUUGACCGUCGUGCUGUUCUGCCUGGUGGUCGAAAUGAUCCAGAUCAGCAAGCCCAUCUGCGCGGUGGCCGUGUACAUCUCCACUGUGACCUACCGCAACACCGCGUUCAACAUUGCGGUGAUGUCGCUGGAGCGCUACGUCGCCAUCUGUUUCCCGCUGAGGCACAGCGAGAUGGCGACGCCCAACGCCACCGGCGUGGCCAUCGGGACCAUGUGGGUGAUCUCCUCCGUUUGCCCCCUGAUUGACAUAUUUUACGGCAUGAUCAUGGACCCCAUGUAUUACAGCGCCCAGAUAUUUUGCUUUCGAGAGAUGUACGUGAUAACCAGCUGGCAAAUGCAGAUGUUUCAGAUCAUGAACGGGUUUUAUUUUGUGUCGGUAACACUGGUAAUUAUUGUCACUUACAUCAAUGUGAUAGUGGCAGCACACGGAGUGUCUGCAGACAAAAAGAUGGCCCAGAAGGCAAAGAACACAAUCCUACUGCACAUCAUCCAGCUGAUUCUUUGUCUGAGCAGUUUGCUGUUCGGCACAAUUGACACAAUAUUGGCCAGAUACUUAAGCGGCAAACUUCUUCAUCAACUGCGCUUUGUGGUCUUUUUCUUCAUACUUCUUCUUCCGCGGUUCCUGAGCCCCCUCAUCUAUGGCCUAAGAGACGAUGCAGUGGGGGCCCUUUUUCUCUACUAUAUCAGGUGUGGCUAUCAGAAGGUCAAACCCUCUGUUACCACACACUAG